UGUUACGUCCCCCGGCCGCCUGUGUAUGUAUUAUGUGUAUGUGCUUAUGUCUAUGUAGUCUAUGGAUUUGAUCACCAUGUUUAGUGGAGAGUCAGACCUCUCUUUCUGUCCGGAGAUCGUGUGUGUUGUGUUUACAGGUGUGCAGGUGAUUCGCUGGACGAUCGUGACGUUGCUCCGGCUGGAUUGGCUGAGCAAGGGGCUCGGCCUUCUGUGUCAACGGUCGCCGACUGGAUAACAAGCGUGACGUCACCGCUGCUGGAUUGGUGGAGCAAGGGGCUCGGCCUUCAUAAUGCCGGCCACACGGAAGCCGCGGUCUCUCUCGUACAUGGCAGCAGCACAUUGUAUCGUUCUCUGGUUUUGUAAUUGAUAAGUACUUUGUUGUGUGAUCCACGUGUGAUUAUUUCGCUUGCUUGCUAAAUAAUUCACCCUUUUGUUAAGACCAGCGCCUUAGGGCCAACUGAGUCAUUUGUGUAUAUUGUAAAUAGUCAUUGUCACAUAUUAUUGUUUGCACGGAGCGUAGGGGUGAGCUGCUAUUUCUGUUAUACCUGUUUUCUCAUGUUUAUCAUUAGCCUAGGGAGUUAGGCCUAGUAUUGUAUUUUUGUUUCUUUUGUUUUUGUUAGGAAUUAGUUAUUUCGCCGGUCGGUAGACAGGUUGCUUUUUGUUUGUUGUUUUGGCCUGGGCUCACCCUGACGUCUUUUGCUCCAUUUUGUGUGCGAUAUUGUACAGUGUGUUUUUGGAGUGUGUAGCAAUAAAUUGCUCACUUGUACAUUUACUCUCGUGUUUCUGUGUGUCCUUAUGUUACGCACCCACACCCCUAGACCGGGGCGUAACAUAAAGUGGGGGCUCGUCCGUUCUUUAGUCCCGUUUUCGUUGUUGAGAUUUGUUGUUGCAAAUCUUUGGUUGGCAGUAUUCUUUGUUGUGUGGGGGCACAUCAUGUUCGAUAUGGACGAGUUUGCACAAAAUCCCACCAUGGACAAGUUGGAAAGAUGCACAAAAGCAGAUUUAUUUUUGAUUGCCUCGUUCUUUGAUGUCUCUAUUCCCUUAAAUGCACGUAAGGUAGAGAUUAAGAGUUGUCUGUCACAGAGGUUGGUGGAGAAGGGCGUAAUUAAAGUAGCGAAAUUGCAGUCGGUCCCUGUAUCUGAGGGUUUAAACGAGUUUAAGACAUGUCUUCCUGAGAACAUUGUUGUGUAUUUAAAUGAGCAAAAAGUUGAGUCGCUGUCAAAAGCUGCGGUGUGUGCAGAUGAGUUUGUGCUGACUCACCGAGUUGCAUUUCCUUCUGCGCGCCGUGAGCAUACUCCGAGUCCAGGGGUAAAUAUCCAUAAAAAUCCAAAACUCCCGACAAAAUCCCCACAGCGUCCUAAUACAGCUUCUCCUGAUAGCCGUGAAUGUUUUUACUGCCACGUGUCUGGACAUCUUAUCGCUAGCUGUCCUGCUCUCCAGCGCAAAGAGGCUAAUCAGGGCUCCAGAAAGCCGAAAAGUGUGGGUUUUGUCCAGUCGAUUCCUGCUCCGACCUCCGUCCAGACUGCUCCUGCUUUGCCCGCUGUGAGCUCAGACGAACCUAAGGAAGAUGAAAUAGACGAGUUGUAUAGGCCGUUUAUCACCGAAGGUUCAGUCUCACUGACAGGGGAAGAUAAAGACCAGAUACCGGUCACAAUUCUACGUGACUCAGGAGCGAAUCAGUCCCUUUUGUUGCGGAGUGUCUUACCUUUUUCCUGUAGUUCAUUCUGUGGUUCCGAUGCUCUUCUGUGGGGGGUGAAGAUGAGUACUGUGAGAGCGCCGCUGCACUCUGUGUUUCUGCGCUCACCUCUGGUUACCGGUCCUGUGAAACUCGGCUUACGUUCCCGCCUGCCAAUUCAGGGUGUGGAUCUAAUCCUCGGUAAUGAUUUGGCUGGAAAGAAGAUUUUUCCAACACCUGAGGUGGUUGAAAACCCUGUGCCUGACUCUGUUUCACCUGUGUCCGCUGCUGUUAAUCCUGUGUUCCCUGCCUGUGUUGUGACGCGUGCGCAGUCACGAAAAUUCGGAGACGUGAUGAACCUGGCUGACUCAUUCAUGUUCUCCCCUGAGAAUAAAACAGAGUCUCCUCUUGCAGCCAAACCUGUGAAAAAUGUGUCUAUGAAUCUGCUGCCCGCCGAGGCGGAGGUGGCGUUCGAAGUGGAUCGAAGUGCGUUCAUUGCCGCACAGCAGAGUGACCCGACUCUGGUCACGUGCCUGGCGCUUGCCACUGCUCCAAGCUCGGAAACCCCGCGUGUGUACGCUGUUGUAGAUGGGGUCUUGGUGCGCAACUGGUUUCCCCCAGCUGUUGGCAAUCUGGAGUGGAAUGUGGUCCAGCAGUUAGUUGUUCCCCAGAGUUUUCGGUCACAUGUUCUUAGUCUGGCUCAUGAUAAUCUCUCUGGCCACUUAGGGAUAAAAAAAACCUACCACCGCAUCAUGCGUUAUUUCUACUGGCCAGGGCUGAAGUCUGAUGUCACUCGUUUUUGUCGUUCUUGUCAUGUGUGCCAAGUCAGUGGAAAGCCUAAUCAGAUCAUUCCUCCCGCUCCGCUUCAGCCCAUUCCUGUACUUGGGGAGCCGUUUGAGCACCUGAUCUUGGACUGUGUCGGUCCGCUCCCUAAGACAAAGUCCGGUCAUCAGUACCUGUUGACGUUGGUGUGUGCCGCUACUCGCUACCCCGAAGCCAUUCCAUUACGCACCCUAAAAGCUAAAGCUGUUGUCAAGGCACUAACUAACUUCUUUUCCACUUUUGGGUUGCCGAAGUAUGUGCAGACCGAUCAGGGGUCAAAUUUUAUGUGUAAACUGUUUGCGCAGGUGCUGGCUUCACUGUCAAUCAAGCACCGCAAGUCUAGCGCUUACCAUCCCCAGUCCCAGGGGGCGCUUGAGCGUUUUCACCAGACGCUUAAAUCCAUGAUGAGGAAAUACUGUUUGGAGAAUGAAAAAGAUUGGGACGAGGGCUUGCCUUUUCUCCUGUUAGCGGCGAGAGAAAGUGUGCAGGAGUCCACCGGUUUCAGUCCUGCAGAGUUGGUGUUUGGACACACCGUGCGUGGUCCCCUUCGUUUGCUCCGAGAGCAGUUCUUGUCCGAGACUGACAGUCCCAGUAUCAAUGUGUUAGAUUAUGUCAGUAAAUUCAGAGAGAGGUUGCACAAAGCACGUGACGCUGCCCGCAGUGCCCUGACUGAAACUCAGGCUAAAAUGAAAAAAAGAUUUGACAAGAAAUCCGUCAGGAGAGAGUUCCAGGUUGGUGAGGAGGUGCUGGCCCUUCUGCCAAUGUCCGGUGCCGCUCUCCAAGCAAAGUUCUGUGGUCCUUAUGUGAUUGAGGAAAAACUUGGUGAGACUGAUUAUGUUGUGCGCACCCCUGACCGCAGACGAAAAAGUCGAGUGUGCCAUGUUAAUAUGUUGAAGCAGUACGUCACACGCCAUGCUGCUGUGCCUCCUCCUGUCAGUCCUGCCGCUGUGGCCACUGUCGCAGCUGCAGAUGUGACUCCUUCUCAGUAUGCUCCACAAAGUGAUGGCUUAAGCGCGAGCAGCCCUCCGUGCUCGCGACUUAAAAAUUCUGAAAUUAUGAGAAACUUGUCAGCUCAUUUAGAACAUUUGGAUGCUUCUGCCCAAACAGACAUCAUUCAGCUCAUUGAAAAUUAUCCCACUUUGUUUUCAGACACACCAUCCCGUACAACUGUCCUUUCUCAUGAUGUCGAUGUUGAAAACCACCCACCCAUCAAACAGCAUGCUUACCGUGCAAACCCGACAAAGCGUUCACUCCUCGAAAAUGAGGUGGAAUAUUUGUUGGAGAACGGUCUGGCUGUGCCCAGCUCCAGUGCGUGGAGUUCUCCCUGUUUGCUUGUGCCCAAGUCGGAUCGGACGCCACGUUUCUGCACAGAUUACAGAAAAGUGAAUAAUGUGACCAAGGCUGACUCGUACCCCUUACCCAGAAUGGAGGACUGCGUGGACCGAGUGGGUUCGGCCACGUACGUCACAAAACUUGACUUACUGAAGGGCUAUUGGCAAGUCCCGUUAACUCCUCGUGCCUCAGAGAUCUCCGCUUUUGUCACUCCGGAUAGCUUCCUCCAGUAUACAGUCAUGCCCUUCGGUCUCCGCAAUGCACCUGCCACAUUCCAGCGGCUGAUGCACAUCGUUUUGGCUAAUGUAAAAAACUGUGAGGUGUAUCUUGAUGAUGUUGUGGCAUACUCGGACACCUGGUCUGAGCAUGUUACAGUCCUGAAAGAGAUUUUCAAGAGGUUGAAAGACGCAAAUUUAACUUUGAACCUGGCGAAGUGUGAGUUUGGUAAAGCCACUGUUACCUACCUUGGUAAACAGGUGGGCCAGGGACACGUGCGUCCCGUUGAUGUGAAAGUCCAAGCCAUCGUGACUUAUCCUGUACCCCAGACGAGGCGUGAGCUCCGCCGUUUCUUGGGGAUGGCGGGCUACUACCGUAGUUUCUGCCGAAACUUUGCUGAGGUUGUUGCUCCUCUCACCAGCCUGACGAGCGAGAAAAAGCCGUUCGCUUGGUCACCUGCUUGCCAACACGCUUUCGAGUCCUGUAAGGCGCUUCUUUGCAGCACACCUGUCCUCACAGCCCCAAGUUUCACACGGCCGUUUAAGUUAGAAGUUGAUGCCAGUGCCAGCGGGGCCGGUGCCGUGUUGCUGCAGGAGGACAAGCAGGGUAUCGACCACCCCAUCUGCUACUUCUCGAAGAAGUUCAGUGCUGCCCAGCUCAAUUACAGCACGGUCGAGAAGGAGGCUCUUUCCUUGCUGUUCGCUCUGCAACACUUUGAAGUGUACAUUGGUUCCAGUCCGUUACCUGUUGUCGUGUACACCGACCACAACCCUCUCGUUUUCUUGAACCGCAUGCAAAACGCCAAUCAGCGGUUAAUGAGGUGGUCCUUGUUAGUGCAAGAUUUCAACCUUGAGAUCCACCACAAGAAGGGUACAGAUAAUGUGUUAGCUGAUGCCCUUUCGCGUGUGUAAUUAUGUUCUGUGAACAAACAUCUUAGGGGAUGUUGUUCAUUUAGAGAGGGGGGUGUUACGUCCCCCGGCCGCCUGUGUAUGUAUUAUGUGUAUGUGCUUAUGUCUAUGUAGUCUAUGGAUUUGAUCACCAUGUUUAGUGGAGAGUCAGACCUCUCUUUCUGUCCGGAGAUCGUGUGUGUUGUGUUUACAGGUGUGCAGGUGAUUCGCUGGACGAUCGUGACGUUGCUCCGGCUGGAUUGGCUGAGCAAGGGGCUCGGCCUUCUGUGUCAACGGUCGCCGACUGGAUAACAAGCGUGACGUCACCGCUGCUGGAUUGGUGGAGCAAGGGGCUCGGCCUUCAUAAUGCCGGCCACACGGAAGCCGCGGUCUCUCUCGUACAUGGCAGCAGCACAUUGUAUCGUUCUCUGGUUUUGUAAUUGAUAAGUACUUUGUUGUGUGAUCCACGUGUGAUUAUUUCGCUUGCUUGCUAAAUAAUUCACCCUUUUGUUAAGACCAGCGCCUUAGGGCCAACUGAGUCAUUUGUGUAUAUUGUAAAUAGUCAUUGUCACAUAUUAUUGUUUGCACGGAGCGUAGGGGUGAGCUGCUAUUUCUGUUAUACCUGUUUUCUCAUGUUUAUCAUUAGCCUAGGGAGUUAGGCCUAGUAUUGUAUUUUUGUUUCUUUUGUUUUUGUUAGGAAUUAGUUAUUUCGCCGGUCGGUAGACAGGUUGCUUUUUGUUUGUUGUUUUGGCCUGGGCUCACCCUGACGUCUUUUGCUCCAUUUUGUGUGCGAUAUUGUACAGUGUGUUUUUGGAGUGUGUAGCAAUAAAUUGCUCACUUGUACAUUUACUCUCGUGUUUCUGUGUGUCCUUAUGUUACGCACCCACACCCCUAGACCGGGGC